UUCUCUUUUAAUGAUCUCCUCAUCUUUUUUCAACACAAACGCAAAAUUGUGCUUGAUAAUUUAACAAUACUAUGUUAUGGCCAUCAGUUUUAUUUGUUUCCAGCAUUACCCAUGAUCAUCAGCUUCCGUUGCUAUGGAGACGGAGCCCGCCCGCUUUGCAAUUGGGUGAUUUCUUCGGUGAUUUCUCAUUGCGCUCAAACCACUUUCCAGUAUAAACUUGAUUCAAAGAACCACUACCAAGAGGGGAGACGCAUGGCUCUGGAGCUGAAAUAUGCACACAUUUUAGCUGAAGCCAAGAGAGCAUCUGAUGAGAGAAAACGUUUACGAGACCCUCCACACACCUCUCUGUAGGACGUGGUAAGCCGAGGGGAAGGCGAGGAGGCCGACGCCAUGCCUCCGCUACAGCCACAUAUCCCACGUUUGAGUGCUCCCUGUCAUCCAGUGUUGAGGUUCUUUUUACUGCAACCUCGACAAAACUAAAUCCUCAAGAGGAAUUUGAAAGAAAUAUGGAGAGGCUCUCUGAUAUUUUGGCGUCAUGUCCUUCUGCUGCUCAGCCUCAAAGUAGCUCUGCAUCAUCAUGGUCUUUUCGGCAGCAGAAAGCCUCGGAGCGCUGGAAAGAAGCAAGACCAUACCACCUAAAAUGCCUUAUUUCAAAAGAGGCUGUUGGUCAUCCCCUGUGUUGCCUUUGCAACGAGCCUGCUGUUAUAAGGUGCAGAGAGUGUCUUCCUGAGGAGUGGUUCUGUGGGGACUGUGAUGUAUUGCAUCACAAAAAACAGCCACUCCACAACAGGGAAUGCGUGAUUCAUGGUUUUUUUGAAUCCAUUCCUCCAACCACAUGCAUCAUCAAAGGGGAAGAUGGAUACUGCACACAUGAGCAAGCUUGCAUUUUGCCAACUGUGAAGGUGGCAGACUGCUCCUGUGGUGGCACAAACUUCACUGUGUUACCAGGCAAACCAGUGAUUUUAAUUACCAUCAAUGGGCGUUUUGACUUGCAUCAGCCACUGUAUGAAUGUCAAACAUGCCAGCAGCAAUGGACCCCUGACUUUAAAGACCUCCUAAGAAGUGGAUAUUGGCCAGCCUCCGUCACCAAUUCUACACUUUAUACACUUGACCUCUUGAGCUCGCUUCAGGAACUCAAGAUCAUAUCUCCGGGAUUCUCCAGACAAGCCUUUGCAAAGCUGCUGGAGCAUCGCACUAAGUGUGGAGGAAGAUCUGGACCUAUCAACGGCGAUGCAUUGCAGCGCAGCUUCUUAGAGCUUUCAUAUGCAUCAUUUGAGGAAGACCAGCUCUGCUGUAGUGCUCCUUUCACCUGCCCAGCCUGCACACCAGAAAUGCUGGCUGUUUCAGCAGAUGGAAAUAGAAAGCUAUAUCGCUUUCGCCGAAACAGAAACUCUGAUGAUCCUGGCUUUUUUGAGGGGCUCUUUGUGGCUGAAGACAGUGUGGUGUCUAGAUUUGUCGACACCAUACAGAAAGCAGUGAAAAAUACACAGGGAAGAGGCACAUGUGGGGACUCCCAAUGGACAGCAGCGAGGGAAACGUCAAGGAGGGCUUCAAAAUUGGAUGAAGAGGGGAUGGAGGUUGCUGUGUGUCGCCAUGGGUUCCUUUUGAAAGCCCUCAAUAUGUACAGGGGGGAGAUAUUUGCCUACCCUCUGUACCUUCAAAAGGAGCUCAUGCCAGCCAAGGCACAAUUCUUCGCAAUGGACGUGGCAUGCAAAUACUGGCCAUACCUGGAGAAAGUUGCUAGUGUCCUUCCUGCUCUUCAGGAGCUAACCACUAUGAAACCCUUUCUCAGUAUAAUGCAUGCUCGAGCCCAUGCUACUAAGUGUGAGAUUAAUGGGAGUGGCAGGAACCAAGGAGGAGCAGGGACAACCGCUGGUGAGGAGGUGGAGCAAGUUAACAGUUACCUUUCACGUUGUGCCCUGACGACCAAAUAUAUGUCCAAAGCAGCACGGGUGGACAUGCUUACCUUGCAUGCAAUGGGGUGGAACGAGAAAAAAAAUCUCUCUUUACAUCAGGCACUUUCCACACGAUAUGUGAAGACUUGUCAGAGACUCCAUGAUGAGACUGCAAGGCUAGCUGACCUAAAAACAGAGCUAGAUUGCACAGAUGAAGUGGUGUCACAGUGGCUAUCUGAUGUAAAGGAAUGGGCAGCUGGUGAGACACCUGAUACAUCUAGUGCCAGUCAAGGCACAACACACAGAGGAAUUCAGCAAUCAAUUGAGGGACUCUACCUUAGUGUGAGGCACCGGAAGCGAACCCUCUACCGUCAGAAUGACAGCAGCAAGUUUCGCCAUCGCCUUCGAAGGAAGCUUGCAGAAGACAAAAAACUCCUUCUUCAGGAGAUACAGAAAUACAAUAAUCUUGUACUAGAAUCGGCAACAACCAUUGACGUAGCUUUGGUGGAGCAUUCCCUAACUGGAGAGAGUACUGUGUCUCAAAUAUGGCCGUGGGAGGUUCAUGGCAAUGCAAACAUUUCAAUCAAGAAACGACUGCACGACCAAGUGAUGUUAACAAGGCGACUGCAUGAGGAAACAAGAGUUUUGGUUUUGGAGAUGGCACAACACUGCACAUGGUUGCAGAGCCUGUCAAUGGUUCUCAAGAACAAGUUGGCUGAGGAGGACGUAGACCUGGGAGAUGAGGGACUUUGCUGUCUCUUACGAAGAAGACUUUCAGAGGUGUCAGAAAGGUUCCAAGUGGUCCUCCAACAGUACAAGACUGCCUUAGGUCCUGAGGCCUCUGUCCUUCUACAUGUUGAAGAGGAAAAUCUAAGUGGCCUCAGUAGUCCAGACACCAGUGAGGAUGAAGAGGAAAACACAAUUUAGAUGAAAGCUGCACGAAGGACUAUGUUGAAGAAAAUGGACUUGCCCUAUAUCUGUGUAUUAUUAGUAUGCUGAUUAACCACAUCAAAAUCUUUUUGAAAAUUUGAAUUGUGUCUUUAGAUUUUCCAAGCAAUUUAGUAAGCCCAUUGCACAGUUCAUUGCAAAUGAAAAACCUCUCAGUGUAGGUGCACCAAUCUUAGCCAAAAAAUUUCAACUUUGCAUGUAUGAUAUUACCAGAUGUAAUUACUGGGCUCAUAUGAUAUUUGGGAAGUGUAUACUCUUCUAAAAAAGAGACUCCCCUUGACUGUGGUGACCCUGUGACCUUUCCUUUUGCACCAACGUUAGGCCAAACUUUUGACUUUCAUACAACAAAUGUUAUAAACCGAUUUCUGUAAUUUGCUGAUCAAUGAUUCAUGCUGACCUUAUGACAUUCCCUGUAGCACAAUCAUUAGACCAGAAUGUAAAAUUGAAUAUUGUCUAAUUGGGCAGAUUGCCAUGAAAUCUUGUAAGCACAUGAUUUUGGUGACCUCAUGACAAUUUAUCUAUCAUCACAUUCAGGCCUUAAUGUAAGAACUCAUUCUUGAUUUCAUUUCUCAAUAUUCACUUAUUCUGUGGUGCAGCAACAGUGCCUGUGUCAGUCUACGACAUUUUGUUUUACCCCAAAGGAGGCUGCCUAUGGAUCACUUGAUUGAGUCUAUUAUAUAACUUGUGUAACUUUAUAUUACUGCAAAGAUGCAUAAUUUUUUUUACAUUUUUUUUUAUUAUACUUUAUACUGUAUAUUAUACAGUUGACAGAUGACUUAAUUCUUUGUUCUGCUGGAGCUUUUCAAGUGAACUUAACCUCACAGUCCAAUGUUUUAAAAUAGAACCUUAUGGCUUGUUUGACAAAUAUGUAUUUGGUAUUUUCACUGAUAUUGUUGUGAAAGACAAG